GAGCGUUGUCAUUAAUGAUGUCUUGGCUUCAAACGUAUUUUUGGUGUUGGCUCCUACUUUCGCCUCUGACACAGAAAAUACAAUGACACAAACUCGGGAACUGAGCAACAGCACAUAAACCAAACUCAUCUCACUCACUCACCUUCCUUCUAUAUUCUAAUUUCUAAUGCCUUCUCUUCCCUCCAACACUAGGUAGGGUUUACCUCUCUUCACACUUCACACAUUGCCAUUUGAACAUUAUUUGGUUGUUGUUAAAAGAUUGUUGGUUGCAACACAACAUGUAGCUUGUUUUUACUGAGGAUGCAUGUCAUGUAGAUCUGGGUUUCUGUGGGUCAAAGAUUCGUGUGCUGUCAUUGGACUCUUCAACUUUGUGUCUUGUUCCAAACUGGAGUUUCACUCAACUAAAAAGAAGAAAAGGGGAAUUAGUGGGUCAGGGAGUUUAAAGAAGUGAUCUUUUCGUUUUCCUUUGUAUCCCAAGGCUUUGGGAGAUUAAAAUAUGCAGACACCAAAAGCAAGAGUCGGUAUGUCAGAAGUGCCCCAAAAGAAAUCUCCUGCAACCCCUCGAACUGCCCAUCAGUUGAAGACACCAAACUCUGAUGCAGACUCUGUCUCCUCUCCAAAUGCUGCAAAAAAGACUUCAAAAGAUAGAAGUCCAAAGAUCAUUGAACGCAGGUCACCUCAUAGUCCAAUAUCUGAGAAAAAACGACCUAGUAAGGUCCAGGAAUUGGAAUCUCAGAUUGCUCGGCUUCAAGAAGAUCUGAAGAAUGCUAAGGAUCAACUUAACUCAUCUGAGUCAUGGAAGAGAAAAGCUCAACAGGAGGCUGAAGAGGCAAAGAAGCAACUUGUAGACAUGAUGAAAGAGCUUGAGGAAUCCCAUCAACAGCUUUUGGACUUUUCGGCUUCUGAAGAAGUGAGGCUUCAAGAGCUCCGCAAAAUUUCUCAGGAUCGAGAUCGAGAAUGGCAAUCUGAAAUACAGGCUGUCCAAAAGCAACAGGCAAUGGAUUCGGCUGCCUUGGCAUCUGCCAUGAAUGAAAUACAGAAAUUGAAAAUUCAACUUGAAAGAGUAUGUGAGUCUGAAGCUACUCAGAUCAACAGUGCAGAAUCAGCUCAUGCUGAGAUUCAGGAAUUGAAGAUGGAGCUUGAUAAAACUCUCUUUUUGGUAGAAAAGCUAAAAAGUGAGCUAAGUGAUUACAAAGAAUCCGAAUCCAGGGUCAUGGAAGUAGUUGGUAAAAUGCAAAUGCAAUUGGAAACAGCAAAUCAGACUGUGGAAACACUUAGGUCAGAUGGCAUGAAAGCAGCAGAAGCUUACAAAUCUUUGGCUUUAGAGUUGGAGCAAUCAAGAACUCAAGCAAAAUCAUUGGAAGCACUUGUGAGUAAACUUCAGGCUGAUUUGCUUAGCAGUGCAAACAAAAGUAUAUCAGGUUCAACUCCAACCAAUGAAAAUGGACCUUCUCAGGAAAAUGGAGAAAAUGAGGAAAUAAACCAGCUCAAAGCUGAGCUUAUCUCUGCAAAAGUUGAAGUGGGGAAGUUGAAGUCUGCAUUGGAUAUUUCUGAGGUAAGAUACCAGGAAGAGUAUAUCCAGAGCACAUUGCAGAUUCGAUGUGCUUUUGAACAACUGGAACUCACAAAAUCAGAAUCUAGUCAGAGAGAGGUUGAAUUAUAUGAGGAAUUGAGGAGAGCUAAAGCUAAUACUGAAGAGCUAAGGGCAAGCCUGAUGGACAAGGAAUCUCAGUUUUUUAGUGUGUCGGAGGAGAAUAAGGAGCUCAAUUCCAAGAUCAAGGAAAACCAAUCUACUAAAAGGCAAUCUGAACUUGUGAUAGAGCUAAAAAAAUUGGUUGCUGAUGUUGAAGAGUUGAAGGAAAAGUUGUUAGAUAGAGAGACAGAACUGCAAAAUAUAGCGGUGGAAAACAGUAUGCUCAAGAUGGAAUUAAAAGAGUUCAAGACGAAUAAAAUCACCAAUGAGGCCCUUGCUUCAGCUGAAGCAGCAAGGGCAGCAGAGCAAGAGGCUUUGACAAAACUUGGCCACAUAACAGAAGAGGCUGAUAAAAGCAACAAAAGAGUGGCUCGGGUGACCGAGCAGUUAGAUGCUGCUCAGGCUGCAAAUUCAGAGUUGGAAGCCGAACUAAGGAGACUGAAAGUUCAGUCAGAUCAGUGGAGAAAGGCAGCCGAAGCAGCCGCCUCUAUGAUUUCUGCUGGAAACAACGGGAAAUUUGUGGACCGAAACUGCUCACGUGAAAACAGCUUCAAUUCUGUUACUGGCAAGAUGAAUUCACCUUAUUUAUUAGACACAGAUGACGAGUCACCUAAGAAGAAAAAUACAAACAUGUUGAAGAAGAUUGGAGUUUUGUGGAGGAGGAACCAUCAUUAAGUAGAUGCGGCCCAGGUAUUUUGUGGUAUCAAGUUUCAUGAGUAGUGACCAUUUAAGCAGCUCCUCAGGGAAAUUGUGAUAAACUCGUGACUGAUAUUGUGUAGUAGUUAGAUAUGUCGAACCUGCAGUAAUGAAGCGGCUUCUUAAUGACGCAGAGUUAAUGUAGACCACUAUAUUUGUUUCUACGAAUCAUGUAUGUUUUCUUGCCACCA